CCUUCCUGCAGCCUCCGGAUAUCUCUUUAGAUCAACAUGUUGCUGUUAAGUAGAUAUUUGCACUUUCAGGAGGAAAUCCUACAGUAUUGUUAGGCUUGUUUUGUUCUUCUUACCGAGACCUGCGACUCCAGAAAGGCAACAGGUGUGUGUCGAUACAAGCAGUUGUAUCUCCCACUGGAUGUUCUGUCCAGCAGUCCUCUGUCUGUACUCCACCUCCUCUUCUUCUUACCACCCAUCACCCAGAAAUGUUGAGCAACAUUCUGCAGCGGCUCAUCAUCUAUACCCUAAGCAUCAAGCACCUCGGAUGCCUGCCCCGCUUCUUAGACCUCAUCUCAACCUCCCUUCCAUUACCCACCGUCGCCGCCUCCCAGGUCCCUAUUCUGUUCCGAGAGCCCUACAUCCUGUCAGGCUACCGUCCCGUCCAGCAGCACUGGUGCUGUUACCUCCUCAGCCUCUUCCAGAUACACAAUGAAUCCCUGAACGCGUGGACUCACUUGUUGGUCGGUCCUGUGCUGCUGCUCCGCUGGUGGGUCAACGUAGACGCCCUGGGGUACACAUUGGACGCAGCCUUUGUUCCUCUGUGCCUCUAUCUGGUGUCUUCCUUCACUUAUCUGUUUUUCAGUGUGGCAGCUCACCUCUUCCAAUCUCACUCUGAACAUGCACACUACUUCUUCUUCUUCAUGGACUAUGUGGGUGUUGCUGUGCAUCAGUAUGGUUGUGCACUUGGCCAUUAUUUCUACACGUCAGAGUCAGCGUGGAGGGAAAGCUGCAUCGGGCUGCUGUAUCUACCUGGAGCUGCUUUCUUUGCGUGGCUCUCCUGUGCAGGCUGCUGUUUCGCUAAGUCUAGGUACCGGCGGCCAUAUCCAAUUCAGCGUAAAAUCUGCCAGCUGAUCCCUACCACCCUAGCAUAUAUGCUGGGCAUCAGCCCCGUAGUCCAUCGCCUGUUCACCGUCUCCUGGACACAGGAGCCCUGGUUGCACUUCUACGCCCUCCAGAUUGCCUCUUUCGUUCUGUCCGCCCUCUUCUUCUCCUGUCACAUCCCCGAGUGCUUCUUCCCGGGACACUGUGACUUUGUGGGCCAGGGUCACCAGAUCUUCCACCUGCUUUUGUCCCUGUGCACCAUGUUCCAGCUGGAGGCCCUGUUUCAGGACUACGCCAGGCGGAGGGAUACAGUGGUGGCGGUAUUUGGAGAGAGGCAGCUGUGGUGGGCUUGUGUAUCCUUCCCCACCCUGUUCAUGUCUUCCAUCCUGAUAACACUUGUCACAAUGAGACACAUGACCAAGCAACUGCAGGGUAAAUCAGAGAGAGACAAGUGAAGUGUUGUGAGACAGACAGAGAGAGAGUAAGAAAGGGGUUGGUUUUAAAUGUACCAAAUGACUGUAUUAAUAAUGGUAAUAAUAAUAAUAGCAUAAUAUAAAAAUGCCAACUUUAUAUAUUUUUAUUUAAAGGGAUAGUUCAUCCCCAUAUCAAAAAUACACAUUUCUACAUUCUCACCUGUAGAGUUAUUUAUCAUCUACAUUGUUUUGGUGUGAGUUUCCGAGUGUUGGAGAUAUCAGUCGUAGAAAUGUCGGCCUUCUCUCUAAUAUAAUGGAACUAGAUGCACUCGGCUUGUGGGGCUCAAAGUACCAAGAAAAUACAUUUUGAAAAACUCAUCAGCAAAGUCUCUGUACAGAAAUCCUGACCUGGUCUCUCAAGAUAAUCCACAGAGCUUGUUGUGAGCAGUUUCAUUUAGGAACUAUUUUCUUUCUAUACCCGGAAAUCGUAUCACGUAUCAGAAGAAAGUGUGCAUCUCCUCAUGGACGAGAGGCUUGUGACAGCACAAGAUGUAAUCAUUAACGGGGUCGUCCUCGGCUGAGCUGUAAUGUUAGCUAGCUCUUUGGUGCUAGGUGAGUUAGCUAUAUCGGUCAGGGAAGAGCCUUUCAUCAUGAGGAGAUGAAUGCUUCCUUCUGCGCCGUGAUAUGGUUGGCUGGUGUAGUUCUAUAGAAAGAAAAUAGUUCCUACACUAAAAUAGCAGUAAAUUCUGUGGAUUAUCUCAAAUAACCGGGUCAUGAUUUCUGUAAAGAAACUUUGCUGUUGAGUUUUUCAAAUGCAUUUCUUUCCCGCUUUGAGCCCAACGAGUGCAUCAAGUUCCAUUAUAUCAGAGAAUAUCUCAAACACUGCAACUCACACCAAAACAAUCUCGAUUGAUAAAUAGCUCUACAGGU